UUAGUUUGUAACGUAAUACGUUACAUGUUUAAUAAAUAGACCUUAAGAGCUACUACUUAUCUAAUUAAAAAUAUAUUAACAACUCUAAACUAUAUUACACACUAAUAUAUACAACAAUACUGUUUUAAACUAUGUAUUUAGGAUUAUAAAAUCAUCUUCACGCUGAUUAAUUUGAAUAUGUCGCGCCAUAGUUAUUACAUUCACUCACAUUAAUGUUACAUUCGCGAGUGCAUGAAUGAAGUGCAUUGAUCGGUGCGCUUUGUCAUCGCGCGCCGCCGCUCGCUCAUUCAUUCUACCUUUGAAGUUGAGUGGAACGCACGUCGCUUAAAUAUCGAUCUCUGCUACGGUUUGAAAUAACGAAUCCGUAAUCGAAUUUUGACUUCGUCCCUACGUGUUCCUCGACUAUUAUAAAAUCACUGUGGUGUUUAAUUAUGUUUUUAAGUGUACCCCGAAUUGGGGUCCAAAGUCCAGAGUGACUUUUUAUUGGCUUCCUGCUUGCCGCCCGCUUGCCGUUUUGCUACUGGCGUGCUUCUGGCCCUUUCCCCGACUCAGCGCCACGAAGUAGCAGCUGCGCUGAACUCAGCGCUGACCAGAAAAAUCGGCGCCUACCACCUCGGCACCGUCAGGGGAGUACUCUGGCUACGAACGACUUGCGGAAUCCGAUCUUGCAUAGUAUUAGCGCGAACCACGCUAUUAUACCCAUUUUUACCAACUGAGCUGGUUGUGGAAAUAAAUAUUUUGAGCGUUCUUCUGCCUCCUCAUUUAUAAUUCCUCAUACCUAAGAGACGUUUUAGGAGGUAGAACUUGCCAAGCGCGACACUGGCGCCCUUACACGUGGUUUUUUUUUACUUAUCGGAUUCCGUUUUUCUUUGUGCCUUGUAGUUAGUGUAUGUUUGUGGUUUUUUUCAUUGUGAAACGUUUUUUUUUAUUUUGCCUUCUUUUUCUUCUUGGGUUUUUUCCUGCUACUGAGGUGUACGAAGUUUCACUAUUUUAAAAUAUUCUGGAUUUAAUUAUUUUUUCUGUGUUAACUAUAACUAUUUUUUUUAAUUUAAUUUUUACUUUUGGAUUGGUUACGAAUACUGAAAUUGUUUUGCAAUUACAUCCAUUUCUUAAUUAUUGUAUUAGUUAUUGACAUAUCAACUAGUACACAUUAGUAGCAUUGCUUUUUUUUCUUGUGCUCUUAACAGUUUUAUUUUUCCUAAUUUAAAUAAAAAAAACCAAACGUUCAUCAUCAUCAUUUUAAUUGUAACAGAGCGGAGAACUUGAGUUGAUUAUAGUUUUUUAGUAGUUGCUUUUGCUUUGUACCACUUACCCAGGAUAUCUAUUUGGUUCAUCAUGCUGUCCGUGAAGUACUUAUCUCUUCAAAAGUCAGAGCUGGAGUAUGAAGUGCGCAUUAGAGGCGCCACUCCUGCGUCUUCCGUUGAGGAACUACGCAAACAAAUUGUAAAACUUUCAAAGGACUUUCCUUCGGAGCAUAUUUUAGAAUCUCCACUCAAACCUAGACAAGACCUUCACGGCUGUUUGGAAGUUCUCACUAAAAUUCAGUCAAAUUUGGAUAUUGCUGACACUACUGCUCCUAUUCUUAUGAGAACCCAAAACAUGCUGAACCAUUUAUAUAAUCGUAUUGCGAGGAUAAUACGUAGUGAUGAAAUUAAAAAAGAGUACGACGAAGUCGUUAAAGAAUUUGACCUUCUUACAAAAAAGUUUAAGACCCUUCAGGCAAAUAAACCUUUUGCAAGCAAUUCUGGUGCGUGUUCCACCAGCUCUUUCGAAUCUGGACUUGCGGUCCCCGAGCUGCAGAACGUGAUCUCGGUGACAUGCGACCGAACGUCAGCUGAUCUUGCGAAAUUAAAAUUUAACGGCACUACUUGCGUGCGCUCUUUUAUUCAGCGUGUUGAUGAGUUUAUAAAAGCUCGUAAUAUUCCUACCAGUAAGAUAUUCAAUUACUCUACUGAAAUUUUCCAAGACAAUGCCUUGCAUUGGUAUCGGUCUGUGAGAGACAAGGUAGAUUCAUGGUCCGAAUUAGCAGCCCUAUUGAGGAAGGACUUUGAUCAGUCAGAUUAUGACUACAGACUGGACGCGGAGAUUCGUGCUCGUACUCAGGGAGAACGCGAGAGCAUCACCAUUUAUCUCUCUAUCAUGGAUGGUAUGUUCUCGCGUUUGUCCAACCCUCCUUCAGAGGCAGAGAAGUUAAGAAUCCUUCUUCACAAUAUAAGGCCCUGCUAUGCAAGCACUCUGGCAUCAGUGGCUUCUAUUUCGGACAUAGAAUCCUUACGUACCUUGUGUCGCAAUUAUGAAAAUGUUCAAGCUCGAUUGUCACAAUUUCAAGAACCGCCUAAGGUCACAUCAAAUACAGUUGCGCCUGAAUUUGCGUACGCUGCAGAUUCUAAUAAAAACACCAAUAAAUAUAGCAGUCAUUUUAAUAGGCAAACCUUUACAAACACUAAUAAUUACAACAAACAUUAUAGCUACAAACAACAAAAUAAUAAUCAAAAUACUUCAAAACCUCAGCAACAAAAUUAUAUACAUAGCGUUCAAACAAAUAAAAAUCUACCAUACUGCCCAAGAUGUCGUAACAAUACGCAUCACAUUCGUCAAUGUCAAGCUAGUCGUGAAAUUGUUUGUUUCAAGUGCGGAAUGAAGGAUGUGAAAACACCAGAUUGCCCAGUUUGUUCUAAAGGCAAGAAGGAACAAAAAAACUAGCUGAGCAGAGUUGUGGAAAUUUUAAUAAGGAAGAUUGGGAUACCUGGCUUAAUUUUAUAAAAAUCUUUACCUCCUCAUACAAGGUUUCCACAAUUCUGCAAUCUAAACCUGAACAUGACAAUAGGCCGUAUGUUAAUAUUAAAAUUAAUGAUGUUGACGCCUGCGUUUUGUUGGAUUGUGGUGCUGCAGUCACAAUAUUAGGAAAUAAUUCUCAUAAGUCUUUAACCGACUGCACUUUUCACCAGAUUCAAAACAACUCCAGUAUGGAAGCGGCUGGUGGUCAACUUAUGAAUAGUAUUGGUUACAUGAAUUUACCCAUUACAUUCGAAGGGCAAUACCAUAUAAUCAAGGCUUAUGUUGUCCCAGAGAUUAAAUCUCCCAUAUUACUAGGCGUAGAUUUUUGGCGUGCGUUCGGACUUUGCCCAAAAUAUGUUGGAAGCGUCACAUUGUCAGACCACCCCAUUUCGGAAAUUAAAACGAACCCUGAAGAGACCUUUAUUCUAUCUUAUGACAAUUUGACGCAGCCACAGAAAGUAAUAGCGGAUACCGUUAUCAGCCAGUUUCGGUCAAUAUCCACUGAGGAGAAAGGGUUAGGUCGUACAAACGCAAUCACUCAUUAUAUUGAUACCGGGGACGCCCAGCCUAUUAAACAACGUUAUUAUAGAAUGUCCCCUGAGAAGCAGCGCAUUCUGAUAGAGCAAGUUGAUGAAAUGUUGGCUCUGGAUGUCAUCGAGCCUUGUGAGAGCGCUUGGUCGUCCCCUGUUCUCAUAGUUAAUAAGAAGAACGGACAACCACGGUUCUGUCUCGAUAGCCGUAAGUUAAACGCGGUCACCAAGCGCGACGCUUAUUAUUUGCCGUACGUGUCGGAAAUUUUAGAUAGUCUCCGUGAUGCUAAGUAUUUAACUAGCAUAGAUUUAUCAAAGGCUUUCUGGCAAAUCCCUAUCGCUCCUGAAGAUCGUGACAAAACAGCAUUUUAUAUACCUGGUAGAGGCACCCUACGUUUUAAAACAACUGCUUUUGGUUUGACCAACGCGCCUGCUACACAGCAAAGGUUGGUUGAUCAUUUGUUUGGUCACACAGAGUUUAAGACGUUUGCUUAUCUUGACGACAUUAUUAUCGUUAGUUCCUCAUUUGAAGAACACGUGUCACGUCUGUUGCGAGUUUUGGACAAGUUAAAACAAGCAAAUCUCACGGUGAAUUUUGAGAAAUGCAAGUUCUUUAGGAGUGAGUUGAAAUACCUCGGGUACGUAGUCGAUAGUCGUGGCUUACGCACUGAUCCCGUAAAAAUUGAAGCGAUAGUUAACUUUCCCACUCCUACUAAUAAGAAAGAACUUAAACGUUUUCUUGGAACUGCCACGUGGUACCGUCGUUUCGUGCCCAAUUUUAGUACUGUAGCAGGUCCUUUAAACAGGCUUACUUCAAAUGGCAAAAAGGCUCCAAAAUUUGAAUGGACUCAGGAAGCUGAUGCGGCUUUUAACGCUUUAAAGGAAUCCUUGGUUUCCGCACCAGUUCUGUCCUGUCCGGAUUACUCGUUGCCCUUCCAAGUCCACUGUGACGCUAGUAAUUAUGGAGUAGGUGCUUUGCUAACACAGAGUCUAAAUGGUAAAGAACACCCUAUAGCCUAUAUGAGUCGAUCUUUAUCCCAAGCUGAGAGAAAUUACAGCAUCACGGAACGCGAAGCUCUUAGUGUCUUGACAGCACUGGAGUAUUGGCGCUGUUAUCUCGAGAACGGUAAGACUUUUGUAGUGUACACUGACCAUUCUGCGUUAAAAUGGUUCUUAUCUUUAGAAAAUCCUACUGGGAGAUUAGCACGUUGGGGAGUACGAUUAUCUGCGUUCAAUUUUGAAAUGAAGCAUCGCCGUGGAGUCGAUAACGUUAUACCUGACGCUCUUUCUCGCGCUGUCCCAGUCAAUGCUAUUUCUUUGUCCAACUCCAUAGUUUCCACGAGUGAUGAGUGGUAUAAACGAAUUUACAACAGUUGCCUUAAUUCUCCAAGUAAUUAUCCUAAUUUUCUUAUUAAAAAUAAUUCUUUGUUUCGGCUAUGUAAAUCUAAAUUUGAACAACUUACUUCCGAAUUUGAUUGGAAAGAGGUAGUGCCAAACGAAUUUCGCGACCAAAUAAUAGAAAAAAACCAUUCGGAACCAACAGCCGGACAUCUUGGCAUCUUUAAAACUUAUCGGCGGUUAGCAUUAAAUUAUUUCUGGCCUGGCAUGCACCAAGAUGUCGUUAAGUUCGUAGGCUCAUGUUCUGUUUGUUUGUCGUACAAAUCUCAAAAUCAUACGACCUUAGGAGAAAUGGGACGCCCGAAACAGUGUUCACGUCCUUUUCAAAUGAUUUCUGUAGAUUUUAUUGGUCCGCUACCCGUUACACGCAAACAAAACAGCUACAUUCUUGUCAUUACUUGCUGUUUCUCUAAAUAUUGCGAGAUAUUUCCACUACGUCGUGCGACUAGCGAUGCAGUAGUUAGACUUUUAGAGGAAAACAUAUUUUUGGUCCAUGGCGUUCCCCAAACCAUAUUCCUCGAUAAUGGUAGCCAGUUCACUAGCUCGGCAACCAAUGCUCUUUUUAAACGUUAUAACGUUCCAAAUGUGUACUUUACACCAAGAUACACUCCGCAAAUUAAUCUCGUGGAACGUUACAAUAAGACAAUAGUCACAUGUUUGUCUACGUUUGUCCAAAACGACCACCGGACGUGGGACACUUUUAUCCCCAAAAUAAAGUUCGCCAUAAAUAACUCUGCGAACGAAUCGAUUCGUGGUUAUACACCAUCUUUUAUUGUGUAUGGACGUGAACUUGUCUUGUGUGGAUCUCACUAUACAGAUAAUGAUCUAGGUGACGAGAUAUUGUUCUUACCUCGCGAUGCCUAUGUCGAAAACCGUGGUUGUUUGGCUUCUGUGUUUGAUGAUGUGCAAGCUUCAUUGUGGCAGGCACAUGUAAAAAACACUGCUCAGUAUAAUUUACGACGGAAACCCGCCGAAUUUAAUGUUGGAGACAUAGUCUUAAAACGCACGUAUAUUUUAAGCGAUAAAGACAAAUACUUUAGCAAGAAAUUGGCGCCUAAAUUUAUUAAGUGUCGUAUAAUGGAAAAGAGGUCUCCUCUUGUGUAUGUCUUGGAGGAUAUGAAAGGUAAAAAUCUAGGGGUCUGGCAUAUUAAAGAUAUCAAGCUGGCCAGCAACCUU